AGGUCGGCGCAGACGGGUCGGCGCCCGAAGGCACCAUGACGGUGGGUGCGCGGCUGGGCGCCAAGGUGAGGGGCAGAUUCUCCCGCCGCGGGGCCGGCGACGACCAGGUGUCCAUCCUGCCCGGCGAGGAGGAGGAGGCGGCGGCGGGGGCCGGGGGCAGCGCGGGGGCCCCGCGGCCGGCGGCGCUGCAGCAGGAGGAGGAGGAGGAGGAGGGCGCCGGGUGCAGGAAGGUGCGCUUCGCCGUCCUGCCCGGCCCCUACGAGCCGCUGCGCCCGCCGCGGGCUCCCGGCAAGCGGCCCUACGGGAAGCGCCUGAAGAAGUACGGAAAGAAUGUCGGGAAGGUUCUGCAGAAGGGUUGUCACUACUUGGUGGUUGGCCUGCAAGGAUUAGCAGCAGCCUAUUCUGCUCCCUUUGGAGUGUCAGCACACGUGGCAUCCUUCGUCCGCUAGCGCAGCUCCCUGUGCCCCACGGGAGAGGACACAAGGCCAUUGCUGCCUUCUCAGGAUUAAAUUUGAGACUUGGAUCUGAAAAACCUCUUGGACCAACACCCCUGAGCCCCUGCACCAGGCCCUUCCCAAGACUGAGUGCUCUUCUCUGAAAAAAAUUCUGGUGCUUUGUAAAAUCAGAUCAAGUCAAAGAAGUAUAAGGAUGAGAAAAUAAUCUUUGAAUAAUUGAACUGAAGUUUGUUUUCAGGCUUGAGUUGGUUUUCCAGAGCUUCCUGCUGUGUGGAAGGGAGCCAAGGAUGGAUGGAAAAGCAAGUAGAUGAGGGAGAGAGAAAUGAAGGACAACAGAGGAUGGCAGAGCUGCUGGAGAGGUGGAGAUGAGUUUGAAUAGUGAGAGAAAUUGUCAGAGCAGUGGAGGGAACAGAUAGCAGAGAAUUAGGAAAAGAUAGUCUUUGGUUUUUUGAGAUUCUGAGUUUGUUGUGGUUUUUCACCUGAGAGGGUUAAGAUUAUGAGUGUACUUAAAAAUAUACUUGGACAUAAAUGGAAUGUGGCCUGAGACACGGAGACCUUUGCUGCACCAUGGUUGUGCAUUUCAAACCCUGGACAUAACAAGCCUUUAAAUAAUCAUGAGAAAGAUGUAAAAAUACAGAAAGAAAACAAGGUGUGUAUUUGUGAUUUUGGGGCAUUAAAGGCUCACUGUGAUUAACAUUUUAAA